CAGUUUUGUUGUAACCCGUGUCGGAGGAACCAGCCGUGUCGCGCGUUCUCGGAGCGUUUUUUUCUCCAGCAGUCUGUGCUAUCCGUCUUCAAGUCUUGCUUUGCUUUGCGACCUACUACGCCCCUAGUUCUGUUUUCUACCUGUAUCCACUGUGUGCACGUUUCCGGUUUCCACCGUACUGAGGCGGUCGUUAGUGUUCCCUCUAUCUGUUCUGGAAGUGAUCGAUCGAGGUUCCUGUAAUUAAAAAUUAGUGAACCAAAGUGUGCGGUCUCUGCAAAAGGUUCCCAGGAAGAGCUUGUCGUGUAAGCCGAAGUCACCGGUCACUCACCUGGCAUACCAUUCCCGAAGUUCCGAGCGCUAUCGUGUGAGUUCCGAGCGGUGUGGGUGCCCCCGAUUACGCGCGCUGGUGUGAGUGAGAGCGGCCGAUUCGGCAGGUCGGUGCGAACAAACGAGCGCGGACGAUCCUGGACGGCGAAUCCGAAGUUACGCCAUCCGAUUGUGUGCACGUAUUGUGUGUAUCCGAAGAGUGUGCUCCCGCAAGAGUUCAGAAUCUUCUGCAGAGCAGGACGUCGCCCGCAUCGUCGCUGGUACGCUCGGUUCAGUCGAUAACGCGAUUUUCCCGCAAAACGUUCUCUCUGUACGCCGUCUGCGCUCGCCGAUUAUCAAUUCAAUCAAUUCAAUAUUCAUCAUAUCCCACAUUCAUCAACCACAUAUAUCCGUUUUUUCCUCUGUGAAAGUACCGCCGCGCCGUGAACGUCAAAAGUUCCGACAACUAAGGUUCUCACACACGUUUCCAUUCUCCAAACCGCGCGCGUCAAUCCGGCCGAAUUUCAUCUGGAAAAACACCUCGAAGAGAGAACCAGCACGAAACACACAUCCAUCAAUCAAUCGCGCGUAUCGUACCUAGAGUGCUUGCAAGAAGAGUAAGAAGACCGUGUGUGUGUGCAAGCGUUUGUCAACAACGAGUUCGAUCGCCAGCGAUAAGUGAGUGAGUUCAGCGCCGCAACCUGCACCAGAUCUUCAGGAAGUGUGGGAAGAGUGUGUGGUGGUUCUGCGAACGCGCCCCGCGCACAGCAGUUGGCAAGAAGUAGUAGAAGAGUGAUCCCCGACCAGUUCCUCCGCCUCCUACCGAGAGAAUAUCCCUGCCCCCCUGAGGAAGGCACGCGCGAAGCGAACCGAAACGUCGGGAGACAAGCUGCGAAGAGGCUAAGCGCGCUAGAUUGUUGUGCAAUUUUUGUUGAGAGGUCGCGUAAGUUUUAAGGUCGCGGGCAAAGAAGUAUACCUGAGCAUAUUUUGUUGAGAUUUGUUUUUGUUUUUAAGUUUUUGUCUUGUAAGGAGAUUUGAGAUUAUCGUAAGCGCUUCGCGCAGUUGCUCAACAGUUGACGAAUAAGAGAGAGAGAUUACGUAUUAAGCUGAACCGGGAAAAUAUUUUGAGAGAGCGUUUUAACCAAAGAUUUUUCCACAAUUCUUGUACUCGGUGUUUUUGUGCAAUAUUGAGCGAGGAGAACCCAGCAUUACCCAGUAGUACUUAGUGACACGCACGCAGAGUAAGAGAGAGACAAUCAACAUAUCAAUCGAACGGUUCACGGCAUCAUAAAAGAAACGAGUUUAGCCCCCCGGUUUUCUUCUUCAAAACUCCCAAGUAUCGACCAGGUCGCCCAAAAGUCGAAGCGAGUUCGAAAAUAAUAACACAAGAGAUUUGUGCAAGAUCAGGGAGAGAUAGAACGAGCGAGAGGUAGCCAGCAGAAGUCAGAGGAAACCUAGCAGAACAAGUCCAAGCAGAAGAAGCAAUUGUUUACACCACAUCAUUGAGGCUUGAGCGAAGAGUUCACCGACGACGAGUCGGCUCAGAUCAGGUUUUUCUCCGAUUCCUUUUCUUUCUCGAAAUUCUUACCUCGUCCAGAGACCCGUUUCUCCGCGGCCAAGGGAAGAAUCCUCCUCAAAACGUCCGGGAGAAGGAAGGGAAGCGAGCAAAACCGGUUAUAUAUAAUCAAAAAUAAUUACAAUAAAUAUAUUUCUCGAUCCAGCUCGAGUCUGCGUGUGUCGUGGUUUUGAACUCUUGCGUUCCACGGGAAAGAGCGUGGAGGAACCUUAAAACUCUAGGUACUUAUUAGACGAACCUGCUGGAGAAGAAGAACAGGCUACGGAGAGAUAGUACAGAAAGCGGGGUACGUUCAGGCAGUUUGAAGAAGUCAAAGUCAAUAUACAACAAACACACACACAGUCUUAUACAAACCGAGCGAUUGUGUGUGGAUAAAGAAAGGAAAAGACGGUGGUAUUUUUAGAAGCUAGAUUUCCAAACAAUCCAGCAAAUUCGAGCGAUCGAGCGCGAGGUUCAACACAAACGAAAAAAAAAAACAGAACAGAGGAAAUAAUUAAAAUUAAGUGAGUUUUUGCGCGAGCGGACGAGUGAGUAAGCGUGUGUGCGUCUGUGCAGGGUUAAAGUUUACUAGAAUUUUUUACGUGUUAGUGUGCGCUAGCAACAGAAUCGGUAGGGUUAAGUCAAUCUUAGUAUAGUAAGGAGAAAGCGUUUUGACAAUCAAUUCAAUCGCUAUAUCAGACCAAUCAGGUGUACUAAUCGCACCGAAUCGUGUCGUGUUUCCAAACCUUGACAAUCUAUCAGAAAACAAUCAAAUUUACACUUACACAUAUCUCUGUGUCUAGAGGCCGUAUCUGCAUUAGGUGGAUCGUAGUAGACAAUCUUUGAGACAAUCUCUUACACGAAAACUUCUAGGACAAUCCUUUUCUAUACAUUUCCGCCACACUUUAAAGGCAACAAUUAGCUAAUAACGAUAGCAAGUAAGGAUCUAGACGUUUAAGGGUGUUAUAGCAAAGAGUUCAAUUAUCAAGACAAAUCAAACUAGUUAAAGAAAAAUACUUAGGUGAUCAAAGCGAGCAAAAGCGAAUCUCACUGUCAACGCUCGUACCGCAUCUUAAAAUUCACGUCACCACGUAUUUCCGACCGGGUCCGAUCUUUUGUCCCCCCUUUAUACCGCCGCCGUUGCCUCCGCAGCAACAGCAGCAGCACCAGCUCCCGCAGUCUCCCGUAGUAGGUCCUCAGCCGAUCGGUUCGAGUCCGCCACCUCCGCAGUCCAUCCCCGUCUAUCCGACGCCUUCCCCGUAUCCUCCGGCCUGCACCCUGUACCCGAGUUCCCUCGUGUCCACUCCGUCGUCGUACACCACUCCGGCUACGGCAGCAGCAGCAGCAGUCACCUCCACCAUCAACGGGUGUAACGCCGCCCAGCAGCUGUGCUACUGCGGCCACUGUAACUACCACCACCAACCGACCUACUACGCACCGACACCCACGACGGCCGCGCUCCUCAGCCGGUACACCGCCGAGAUCAACCUGAACGGCCAACACAACUCCCUGAGCGGUAGCGACCCUAGCCUCGCGUCCACCACCUCAUCCGGCAUCAUUCCUACCGGCAAAGAGACAAUGGUGAGUGAAUCGAAAAUCGCACAGAACAUUCCGGAGGCGGCACUCCCACAGUCCUCGCGCGGAAGCGACGAACUCCUCAGCCAGGCAGCAGUCAUGGCACCGGCAUCGGACAACAACAACCAGGACCUGGCGACCAAGAAGGCCAAGCUGGAAACCAACUCAGUGAUCGGCGUGGGCGGCAUCACAAAGCCGUCCCGCGUGGUCCACAUCCGGAACAUCCCGAACGAGUCCAGCGAGGUUGACGUGAUGCAUCUCGGGGUACCGUUCGGACGGGUCACCAACGUGCUGGUGCUUAAGGGCAAGAACCAGGCCUUCCUGGAGAUGGCCGACGAGAGCGCCGCGACCAGCAUGGUCACCAUGUUCACCGCCACGCCCCCGAUCGUCCGCGGCCGGACCGUGUACGUGCAGUUCAGCAACCACCGAGAGCUCAAGACCGACCAGAACCACACGGCGACGAAUGUCACCCUACAAACCCAGGAUCUGACCCAGUCGCCGACAGGUUCGCCACUGCCGCUGGCGCUGGACCACGCCAACACCAACUCCACCACGGCCGGAACAGGAGCGAACGUGGGCGGUAACGCCGGCGGACCCAACACCGUGCUGCGGGUCAUCGUCGAGUCGCUGCUGUACCCGGUGUCGUUGGACAUUCUGUACCAGAUAUUCCAGCGGUUCGGCAAGGUGCUCAAGAUUGUCACCUUCACCAAGAACAACUCGUUCCAGGCCCUCAUCCAGUACCCAGACGCGACGACAGCCCAGCACGCCAAGCAGACGCUGGACGGUCAGAACAUCUACAACGGGUGCUGCACGCUGCGCAUCGACAACAGCAAGCUGACCUCGCUGAACGUCAAGUACAACAAUGACAAAUCGCGGGACUACACGAACCCCACGCUGCCGUCGGGCGAACCGGGUAGCGACGUGAUCGCGAGCGCCGGCGGACUGGUGUCCGCGGGAGAUCUCCUGCUGCUGGCGGCCGGCCAGCGGCCCCAGCUGACACGGGAUCGACUAGUCAAAUUAGACAAAUCUCCAUAUUUUCUAGUGAAUGGCUUAGCGACCCCCGGUGUGAUCCCACCCUUCGGUCUAGGUCUCGGAAAUCCAGCGCUGGCGAGUGCGUACGGCGGUGCCCUGCCGAACCUGGGAGCCUUUGCGCUCGCCUCCAACGGUGGCCUCGGAACGCCUAACCCUGCCGUCCUGCGCGGCCUCUCCAACGUGCUGCUCGUCUCCAAUCUCAACGAGGAGAUGGUCACGCCUGAUGCUCUAUUUACCCUCUUUGGGGUGUAUGGUGAUGUACAACGUGUAAAGAUACUCUACAACAAGAAGGAUUCGGCGUUGAUCCAGAUGGCUGAACCCCACCAAGCGUAUUUGGCCAUGACCCAUCUGGACAAGCUCCGCAUCUGGAACAAGACGAUCCGUGUAAUGGCCAGCAAGCAUCAGGCGGUGCAGUUGCCGAAGGAGGGCCAGCCGGACGCCGGCCUGACCCGGGACUACGCACAGAAUCCCCUGCACCGGUUCAAGAAGCCGGGCAGCAAAAACUACCAGAACAUCUAUCCGCCGUCUGCCACACUGCAUUUAAGCAACAUUCCAGCUACCGUAACCGAGGAAGAGAUUAAAGAAGCCUUCACCAAAAAUGGCUUCGAAGUCAAAGCUUUCAAGUUUUUCCCGAAAGACCACAAGAUGGCCCUCAUACAGCUGAGCUCGAUCGAGGAGGCCGUGUGCGCACUGAUCAAGAUGCACAACUACCAGCUGUCCGAGUCGAACCAUCUGCGCGUCAGUUUUUCCAAGUCCAACAUCUAAGCACACACACAAAUCACUCGCGUCUACUAUUCCUAAUACACACUAGCCCCCCUAGCCUACUGCGCGCGAUGAUGAUGAUGAUGAUGUGUGUAUGUGUUGCGAAACACCUGAUAUUCCUGCGGUUUUUUUUCUUCAACCUUCUGCGCUUUUCCUCAUCCACCCCUCAUCGAAAGGAAGUACCAGAACGCACUCCUCCGUAACUGAAUACGCGCCGCCUACUGCGUUGCUGCGCCAUUGCUCUGAACAAAAGAGACAAACACAAAGAGAACAGAAGGAAGUACUAGAUUUGAAUCAAUCAAAAUAUCGGUAGGAUAACAACAACAAAAUCAAACAAGUGUGGACGCCGCACCCCCAUCAUCGUUUGCACUCCCACACGUACACAAACACACACAAACGCAUCUAGAGAAUGAGACGUAGCGCAAGUUAGUAAACAAGCGAGAAGCGGAGCGGUCAACACACGUGUAAAUUGAACUUAAAAAAUCUUUUUACUAGAAGAAGAUAAGAAAACAAGCGUUAAAUGGGAACAAAUUAUACCUAAAAACAAAACUAAAAAAACACAAAAAAGUGAAAUUUUAAGGGCGACGCGCAGCGAAAGAAAGAAAUCAAAACACAGCUGUCCGAGGCAGGAGGAGGAGUUUAGGAGAGGAAAAAGGGGCGGAGCUAGUAGAUGCAACACGCAAGAAAAGAGAAAAGAUUCUAUUUAAGCUGUAGCAAUCAUACACUCACACACAAACUACACACACACACUCGUAUAUCUAAAUGUACUAGAACAAAUCAAAGCAGAUUAAACUUAGCGAGAGAGAGAGAGAGAGGAAGCUCAGCUCAGUAGGGAGAGAAGGGAAUUGAAUUUUGAAGGUAAAAAGGGAUCUGAAUUUCGCCGAUUUUUACGAACACACGCUAAAUCUAUACGCUACGAUUACACGUUUAUUUUUUUACAGCAAUUGGUGUUUUUUUAUUUUUUAUUUACUCAUUACUCUUACAAAAUGGUGGCUGGUAAACAAAACUAAAUAAAACAAACAAAAUCGAAGCUUACUUAGGUUAUACUAUCUCCUGUACUUCCCCACCCAUUUCCCCCUUAGUUACACAGAAAACACACACACACUCUAGCAACCAACAUUAAAUGUUCUCGUGACAAUGUUUAUUAUCUCAUGCAUUCUUUAACAACAAAAACUUGACAGUUUGGCUAGAUGUCGAACUGGGUGUGAAAAGAGAGAGUGCGAGCGAGCGCGCGCGAUUGAGAGUGAGCGAACGGGAAUUCGAGUGAAAUUCGAAGGAAAACAAUUACUGUAUUAUUAAUUGAUAGUUAGCCUAGGUUAUGCUAUUUUAUUACACUUAUUUACUUAUUUAAAACGCGCAGAGUUUAUCGGAAGGGGAAAACGUGGAAAACAAAAGAAAAAAGAAGAAAGAUAAUUUCCAGUAUUGUUUAAAGAUAAUUGUUAGUGUUGGGAGGGAACAAAAGGGCGUGCAAACCAAGCGAGACACGCCAAAAACAGAGAAACAAAAACUGCUCUUAUACCGAAUGUUACUUGUUUAAGUUGUAGGUUAUUUAUUAAGAAAAGGCAAGAUUGUGCAAGACUACAAGACACGAUAAUUAUUAACGUUAUUAUUAUUUUCUCAUAAGUUGCAAUAGCCGCAGUUCGGCCGCGCCGCGAUGCUUCGAAUCUCAGGUCGAAAGGCGUUUUCCACGCCCACUUGGAUUGCGAAAACUGGGCACCUCAGUAAGGUGUCGAGUUGGUAUAGCGCCAUCAUUUGAAACGUCAAGAAGAUGAGCUUGCGCGCGCACAAGCGAGCCGGGAAAUGUGAUUUGUUUUGUGAUCAACAACACCCCCCCCACUUCGAGUUAACAAGAAGCUAGCUUUUGUCUCUUUACCAAUCGCGUUUUUCCUACCUUUCUGUUUACUUCUUUUCACAUGCGCUAAACAAUUGAACUCAUUUGAGUAAGAGGGAAGGAUCAGAUCAGAGAGGGAAAAGAAAAAGUGUCAAAUAAAACAGGUAAAAACGAAUAAAAAACAACUCUAGAGAUGAAAAAACAGCUGAAUCAAUCAUUUUGUAAAACACGAAAAAAUACAGAGAAAAUAAUAAAGUGAAAAACAAACCAAACCACUGCUGAAAACAAUCAUUGAGAGCGAGAGAAACAAAAAAAAAAUGAACACAUAAACGAGAGCGAGAGAGCGUGACAAUUCAUCAAUGUGAAACACACACAACACAAGCACACCUGCAGAAGAAAGAAAUUGAAAACAAAAGGAUCCUACACAGAAAUUCACAUACACUAAUAGGGAAAAGAAAAAUAAAUCAAACAAAAAACAAAUAUGAGCAAAAAUAGGCGUUGCAUUUUUGAGCUUAUCGAAGAAACCCAGAAAAAAAAUACAGAAGUGAAAAAAGAGAGAAAAUAAAAAAAACACUUAUUAAAGUAAUUAUAUAUAAAAGAAGAAGACGCAGACGCAAACAGUGGAGAAUCAUAGAAAAAUAAACUAUUAAAGGUGGUGAUUAAAUCAUUAAACAGUUUUUUAUGAUUAUUAUGAUAAAAAAGGUAUAUUAAAACUAUAUAUUUAGAGUAUUAAUCUACAUUAAAGAAAAAAAAGGUGGUAACGAAGACGCGUGAGAGCGAAAAAGCAGAAGGCGAUGAAUCCGGAAAUCAUACAAAAAAAAACAAUGGGUAAAGAAACAAAGUUAGGAAAAAUUAAUAUUUACACAAAACACAGAGAGACAGGUCAGGCAGGAGAAAGAAAGAGAGGGCGGCAGCGGAAGGUAACGCGUGUGAAAAAGAUGACGUCGAAUGAGCAAGUUGAACAUGGACCCGAACCGGAGAGAAAGUGAGAGAGAGAGAGGCGAUGCGGACCGCCAUUUGUGACUGUAAAAAGCAAAAUGGUGGCGGCGCCGCGAUCUCCGACCGCACAUUCGAAUAAGAAUAUGAGAAAUCUCGACAAUCAGAUGAUGUUAUAUUUUAGCGAUAAAUCUUUAAUCUUCAAACUCUAUUAUUAUAUACUUGUAAACACAGAGACACUCACACACAUACGGCGACAGAAAAAAAGUAAUCUUCUAAUUAUACACUGAAACGAAAAAAACCACGGAAAUCCCACUUGCACGAAGAAAAAUCUUUAGGCAAAUCUAUCAAUUUGAGUUGAUGAAAUUUCAUCAGUCAAUUUUGAUAGAUUUCUUAAAAGAUUUCUUUCCGUGCCCAACCAAACUGACAGCUGCUAACACGAACAAACACACCUACACACAAGUAAAUGGAUAUCACAACUACUACAACUAUAUCUUAGCUCUUAGUAAAAUGCAAUCAAGCAAACAAAACAAAAACUUACUCGUAAAAACACACAAUUCCUUAGACGGAACAAAAACGUAUCAAAAGUAAUAAUUUUUGUUUUUUGAGGAGUCGUCUAGUUUCCGCUUAAUUUAAAACCCCUUUUAGGCGCGAUCGGUUUUAGGCUAGCCAAAUCUCAGCACUUUUCUUCGCCGAUACUAGUUGGAGGACCCGCAAAUCCACUCACCCUCACACACAAGAAAAAAGCAGACUCACGCGAUCCGAUCUUCGAGAUCGGAAAACAAAGAGAUUUCAGCAAAUUAAAACGAAGAGCUGCAGAAAAAAAAAUAGAAAAAGAAAAAGCAAGGAACUCGUUAUCGCUGCUAGCCAAAAGUCGUUAGAUGAUUUAGUUACUGGUUGGGUUAGGAAAAAGAGAGAGGAACGGGAAAAAAUCGUAAGUUUAAGAAUAAACGAGAAAGAAGACGAGGUGUUUGUUUUGCUUAUACCUUUUUGUUCUGUUGAAAUUAAGCGUUAAAUCAAGUGCAAGAAAGAGAGAGAGAGAGGAAGCAGUGGUAAGAUAAAGUAAGGUAAGAAAAAGCUCUCAAGGAGAUGAAAAAAAACGUGUAGGAAAUAAGUUGAAUCCGGAAAAUCUCUUUCGCUUUAAGCAGCAAUCCUUUUCGAGCGUAGAAAUCUCCUUUAUAAGUUUUUUUCCUCUAGUUUCAUAUUUCUCUUAUUACAAUUACUUUUAGCUGUAGAAGCAAAAAUAUCAAUAUUCUAUCCCUAUAUCCUAUCAAACAAGUGAAACAAAAGUGGAAAAAAUGUUAGAAUCUAUCUAUUGUAUGACAAAACCAACAAAAAAAAAAAACACGUGAAAAUAAUUAAAAUAUCAAAAAAUAUAUCUAUGUAUUUGAAAUUUAAUCAAGUAAGAAAGCUGUUCGUACUACGUUUAAAACACAAAUCUACACAAAUCUAAAGAAGCGCGAAAGGAGAACAGGAACUACACACCCACACACGCACUUUGCAUUUUUGUUUCCUGUGGCUUACUCUCACAACACACAGAUUCACACGCUACGGUACUAUUGUUUCUGAGAGAAAUACAACCUAGCUGCUGAAAAAUGAAACAAAAUGGCAACUUUUAUCGCAAAUAUAUUUAUCGCAAUUGGUUUAUUUUUAAUUGCAAUAUUCUUAUUAAUUACGGUCGAAAUGCAGUAUUCAUUUAUAUUUUUUCGCUAACAUAAUUAUUCGUUUAACCUGUAAACAUUUACGCACCUCCCCCCUCCUUUACUAUAUUCACACACUGCAACUACCCAAGUACGGGGAAAGAGAUGGACUACAACUACAAACACACACAACACUCACUGUGAAGGAAAGUGAUAGUAAUAGGAAGCGCGUGAACGCAGCAGACAAGCAUGUGAAAUAUGUGUCAAAUUUAUACCCUUAAAAAAUGGCGAAACAAACAAAUGUUCAUACUAGAUAUUACCCUAGACCCAGAGAAAAUACACACACACAUGGAAACACUAGACAAGUACUAACGAACACACACAUACACAAAUAACUGUACUGUUUACUUGAGACGUUUUCCCGCGUCGUUGCGCGCCUAGUUCUUGCAUGCAAAAUGCUGAUUUUUUUUUGUUUGGGUGGAAUCGUGAAUUCAUUUGCGAGCAUUUCACGAGCAAAUCGCUUUCAGUGUAUGGGGUAACCGAUUCAGCACCUAACCGCCUCCGGUUUGACAGCUGAGUGCACGCAGGUGCGGGGUCACUCAGUUUUAAGUAGAUUUUACUCAGAUUUCGUUGAACCUUCUCAGAAAUGUUCAAACUUGAAUGGUUUUAUAAAAUCUUAAUUUUAUUGUGAAUUGUCUUUUACAAGCAGUAACAUAACCAAUCUUUUCGGCACCACCAGCAAACGUUAAAUCAGAAUAAAUUGCUGCCGGAUCUUUCCUGGAAAAGAUCCGGCAGCAAUUUCGUAACGUUUGACGUUUGCUGAGGGUGCCAAAAAAAGGUAAACAAAUCACUUCAUGCAUCAGCCAACUGCGAGAUAAAAUCGCGUUUCUUCUUUGAUUCGACUGACAGGAGGUUAAAGCCGCCGAACUGCCGCGGUAGAAAAUCAGCAUGUUGAAGUUUUCUAAAAAGUCAGCUGAAAACUCAAGGCCGCCUUUGACAACAGCCAAUAAUUUGUGUUGCGGCUGUCAUGCGGUCAUUCUUCUGUGGUCAUAUGAAUGCCCGUGAACUCUCAUUUUGACGCCCACGAGAAUAUUUCUUAAGCGAUUGAUUGGUAUUUUCUUCACGUUACUCCGUAGAGAAAGAUUUUUCUCAACACUGAAAAACAUUUCUUGUUUAAAUCUACUCAAAAUGCGUUCCACCAAUACCAACUACCAUCGUCUAACUGUCUUCAAAAACACAAAAGUUCUUUACAGUCCUGCUACCUUGCAACGACUUUAACUUGUAGCUGCACUUUCCAAAGUGGACAAACUGCAAACGGUAGAUUUUCCAUCUUCUUCUACAACUUUCCUCACAAUUUCUUCUAAAGAAAAACAAACGACACUCGAACCUUAGAACAAAAUGUUGCGUAGUAAAAAAAACACACUAGCCGAAUGGAAUCGUAAAACAAAACAAUUUGACCAGUAGUGAAAAUAAAAGCAGACAAAGCCCAAACGUAACAAGUAGAUCGAGCAAAAGGGUUGCUAACUAGCACGCAAAAUGUGUCUCCAAGAUAGCCAAAAACAAAACGUGAGGUUAAAAUAGUGUAUACAAAGGUGAAAAAUACUAGCGAAGAAGCAGCGCAAAAAAACCAAGAUGUCGUUUUAGUGCAAGAAAAACAUGUGUAAAACAAAACAAGUCAAUUGAAAGUACUACUACCACACCCGAACAAACACAAACACACACGUACCCGUUCGGACGAGAUCCGCCGCGCUCGAGUAUUGUUUUCCUCCUCCAAACCACACACACACACGCGCACGAUGACGUCACGCAAAACGUGUUUGUUGAUGUAUAUUUUUCUAAAAACUAUUUGUUAAACCGGCAAACUAUUGUGUGUGUGUGUGUUGUGUGCGCGUGCAAAAACUAGGACAAUUUGUUUGGUGAGCUUGCGGUAAAACCUUGACGAAACGCAUUGUUAAUUGUGAUUUUUAAUUGUUAAAACAUUAGGGCCAAACGGACAGGUGUGAAAGAGUGGGACAGAAAAAGGGGGAAAAGAGCGGGAACGAGAGAGAUGGCUGAGCGUUCCAAAAUUACGUUCGUACUUUUGUGUCUGGUAACGCUACUUCAGAUGUUUAUGUAAUUGUUGUUAAGUUAGAGUUAAAUUAUUUAGGCGUAAACGUUAACCAUGUGCAAUAUUUAAAAAUGAACGCAGCGGAUUUAUUUUGUUAGCUACUUUCCUUCCCUUUUUUCUAAACUUUUUCCUUUGCAAAAAUUUCAAAAGUCUCAAAAUUCUCUCUUUAUGUUUUGCUCUUUUCCACUUUUGCGACUGUCUUUCCUUUGUAACCUGACUAAAUUUGUGUUUUCAUUUCGCUUGUUUGGAUUUUUAACGCGCGAUCCUGAACUAUUUGAACAAGUUUAAAUCCGGGGGAAUGAUUCAUAUCAACCUGCAAAAAAUAUCGUGUAAUACCACUUAGGACUAAUGCUAGCUUAAACGUUGAAAAAAAAAAACCUUGAAAGUGAACCGGUUGGAGGUUCCAGCUGGAAUUCUGACAGAUUUCCAGCCGAAACAUGCGACUGGGUAGCUGCACGUACGAUUUGACACUUACGGCUAGAUAUCGAGUUGGUGCCCCUUUCCAAACAAGGGAGUCACGAAUGGACGCAAAGGGCCUAUGAUAAACAAACGAAUCAACACAGCAAACCCCAGUUGUAUAAACAAAGAAAAGAAAAAAAAAUCAUAUAAAUAUUUACCACUCAGACACAGAUUUGACACUUUUACGGCUCGCAGACUUACAACAAUAAAAUUAAAAUGAACAGAAAACAAUAUUGAUGAAUUUCUAUGAUUCAACUUACAAACAAUAGAUAAAAAAGCUCCCCCACAAAACCACAUACAAACCGACACACACACACGUACUAUAUAAUUGUGAAACUUUUGAAGCUAAACUUUUACAGAAACAAACUAGCGUAAUAUCAACAAAUACAAAGAGAAUUCACAGACAAACAGAGCAAAACAACUGUAAAUCUUACAUCAAAAUCAUCUACUUGAGUGUCUGUUUGUAUGUGAUGACAAAAAAACUGACAGCUGUCACGUCGCGAACGCGACAGCAAAACAAUAGUGAGACAAACUAAACAACUCCUCACGCCCACACAAACACAGAGGUAUAUCAACAACAAACCUAGCGCUGAAAUAGAUUCUCCUCUUAUCUUUCUUCCUUUUCUGUGCCUAUUGUUCUGUACCACUCGCUGAAAAAAAAAAACAAAGCAAACACAACCUCAACAAACUCAACAACUCAAUCUCUAACGGUUUCUAAACGAGUUUCACUAUUUCUUCCUCCUUCUUUGCAACAACAUUGGUGAUGAAAAGCGAAAACAAAUAAUACACAUACACAUAUCAAAACUUAUAACCAAUUUUCUCUAGCUCUUCUUGUGUGCUCUGUGCUUGGAAACAAAAACAAAAAAAAACUAUCAAAACAAAAUCCCUUCAACACGCUAUUGUUUUCGUUUUCCACCACAAAAAAAACUACUACCACUCUCCAGUGUAUCAAGAACUGAGAACCAACACUCGAAAACAAAACAAAAAAAAAAAAAGAGUCAAACAUAUUAAAGAAAGAGCUUUAAAGGCAACCAAAAGGAGAAGACAGCAGAAGAAGAAGAACAAAAAGACACAUUGCGAAUCGCAAGCGAGCAAGUAAACACUAGAGAUAGCUUUUGAGUGAAAGAGAAACAAUUAAAAAUAAUAACAAUCUUCAAAGAAGACGUAGGGAAAGUGUGCAAAUUUUACUGUUAGGUGGACAAACAUAACAAAAGAAGUAGAGGAAGUGUUUAAAAAAAAAUCCAAAACCGUUAGUGAAUUGAUGCAGCAACAGCAAAAACAACAACAAGUAGUGAACAAAGGUGUGUAGCGUUAAACCGAUAUGCAGAUGAAAGGAAGAAAGGUAGAGAGAAUUAACAGGUUCAAAACAUAAAAAAACACUGCAGUUAGGUAACAGUUAGAGAGAGAGCGAGGCAAACAAAAGUGAAAAAAAAAACAAAGGAAUCUUGCGUUUUUAGUUGCGUUACGAGGUACUAAUUAUAGCGAAUAAUUGUAAACAAAAGAAUCAAUCAAAGAGAGGAAAACAAAUAGAAACAAAGUAAAACGAUGCGAUAAGAAAAAAAAACAUACAAAAAGUAUUUUUAUGUUAUUUUUAUUGAUUGACGAGGGCGUGCGAACAUGUGCAGAAAAGCACACACAAAAACACACACACAUACACACGGAAAGCAAAGAGAUUGAAAGUAAGAUAUUGUGACAGGUGACAACCAACUCUGUUUAAGUGUAUAGAAGAAAUUAGACAAAAGAAGAAAACAAAAAUAAAAACAACAAAUCGAAUCGUUUGUGGGUGAAACUAAGAGAAAAACAAAAAA